UGACUUUAAUCUAUAAAUGGACGUAUGUAUUAGCACUUGAUCGAUCACAAGCACGUACACACAUGCUUAUAAUAAACAUGUCUUCCUUCAUUUAUUCCCUCCCUUUAAUCCUAUCUCUUUGCAUCCUCAUUUCACCGUCGAUUUGUCAAGAAUUCUCAUCUCCAUCCCCAUCUCCGGCUCCUUACCCUAUUAGAUCUUUCCCGCCUUCACUAUUCCUCUAUGUCAAUCAAGGUGACCUUGAGGAAUACUCGGGUGAAUUGGACUCUUACUUUCGAAGAGUAGGAAUUGAUAGUCCACAUUUCUCGUUAUGCUUUUAUACCAACACCGAUAAUUCAUAUACCCUUGGUAUAGGCAUGAGCUACCCAUAUAAGUGGGUUUGGGCAGCUAACCGGAAUGAUCCGGUUGGUGAAGGGGCCGCUAUUUUCCUAAAGGAAGACGGCAAUCUUGUACUAGUCGAUGUUGAUGACCGCAUUGUUUGGCAAACCAACACGGCCAACAAGGGUGUGGUGGGGUUAAAGAUGCUUGAUAACGGUAACAUGGUAUUAUAUAAUGCUAAAAAUAAAUUUAUAUGGCAAAGUUUUGAUUACCCCUCCGACACACUAUUAGCAGGCCAGGCUCUUAAGGUUGGGCUAACUACUAAGCUCGUAAGUCGUGCAUCGACUACGAGCGAUUUGGAGGGGAACUACACCCUAGAGAUGAGGCCUAACAAUGUGUCACUAUACUACAAGAGUCCGAAAAAUCCAACACCACUUCCUUACUAUAGAAUUGAUCAAAUUUAUGGAUCAACACCUUCCAAAGAAUUCUCAUAUUAUGUAGGAAUUACAAACUUCGCUUCAAAUUUUAAAUUUCAAGCCCUACAAUACAUAACCACAGAUUGGCUAUCUAGUUCAAAUCAACAGCUAGUUGAAACGUGGUACGAUAGCACGUAUUCGUUCCUUCGACUAGACUAUGAUGGUAAACUACGUGCCUAUAGUUAUGAUCCUUUGAAUAGGGUAGGAAGCAUAUGGAACGUGGAGUUCACUCUUUUCGAGGGUGAGCCAUUGCCGGGUGAUCAAUUAGGAGCAACUGAAUGUCAAAUGCCUGAAAAAUGCGGCGAUUUUGGAGUUUGUUACAAAAACCAAUGUGUUGCUUGCCCUUCCCCUAGAGGACUCUUGGGUUGGAGCGAAAAAUGCGUGCAACCGAAGUUGGUAUGCAGUGGUGAGGAGAUCAAUGCCAAGUACUACAAGGUUGUGGGUGUUGUGCAUUUUAGUAGCAUGUAUACCGAAGGCGAGGGGCCUAUGAAGCCAAGGGCAUGUAAGGCUAAGUGUAGCAAAGAUUGCAAGUGUGCGGGGUUUUUCUAUGAUGAGGAGAAGUUAAGGUGUUUGAUUGUUUAUGAUCUCAAAACUUUGACAGAAACUGGUAACCUUAAGCAAUUUGGUUACAUCAAAGUGUCUAACUAAUAAAAUAAUUUAUUAGGCUAAGAAGUUUGCUUUAGGGUAUGAAAUGCACUAAAAAGCUCAUCAAUUACUACUUAUCCAAUCUUGCAUUAUUAUACUGUACUAACUCAUAGUGUGGAAUAAGACCUGAAUACAUAUUUCCUUCUCGAAAACAAAAAAAAAAAAAUGAUAUAUGGAAAUAUGACGGAUUAGACAAUUGUAAUGUUUCCAUUUUGUAUAAUUCUUAGCUUCCUCCGUUCCCUCUCUUUUACUUGCAACAGUUUGACAUUUGCAUUGUACUAUUUAAAUCUUCACAAUUCCAUUCGACUUUCUUUUAAUCAAAUUAUGUCAAUUUUCAUGUGCACCCAAAAG